AUGGUUCGAGAGAAAAUAAGAGUAUCUACUCGGACACUGCAGUGGAAAUGUGUUGAAUCAAGAACAGAUAGUAAAUGUCUUUAUUAUGGACGCUUUAUUCUCUCUCCACUUAUGAAAGGCCAAGCUGAUACAAUAGGCAUCGCGAUGCGAAGAGCGUUACUUGGCGAAAUAGAAGGAACAUGUAUCACACGUGCAAAAUUUGAUAAAAUACCGCACGAAUACUCUAACAUAGUAGGUAUUCAAGAAUCAGUACACGAAAUUUUACUGAAUUUGAAAGAAAUAGUAUUGAGAAGUAAUCUAUAUGGAACUUGCGAAGCGUCUAUUUGUGUUAGGGGCCCCAGAUGUGUAACUGCUCAAGAUAUCAUCUUGCCCCCUUAUGUAGAAAUAGUUGACAAUACACAGCAUAUAGCUAGCUUGACGGAACCAAUUGAUUUGUGUAUUGGAUUACAACUCGAGAGAAAUCGCGGAUAUCAGAUAAAAGCGCAAAAUAACUUUCAAGAUGGAAGUUAUCCUAUAGAUGCUCUAUUCAUGCCUAUUCGAAAUGUGAAUCAUAGUAUUCAUUCUUAUGGAAAUGGGAAUGAAAAACAAGAGAUACUUUUUCUCGAAAUAUGGACAAACGGCAGUUUAACCCCGAAAGAAGCACUUUAUGAAGCCUCCCGGAAUUUAAUUGAUUUAUUUAUUCCCUUUCUACAUGCAGAAGAAGAAAACUUAUAUUUAGAGGACAAUCAACACAAAAUUUCUUUACCCCUUUUUACCUUUCACAAUAGAUUGGCUGAAAUAAGGAAAAACAAAAAAAAAAUAGCAUUGAAAUAUAUUUUUAUUGACCAAUUAGAAUUGCCACCUAGGAUCUACAAUUGCCUCAAAAAAUCCAAUAUACAUACAUUAUUGGACCUUUUGAAUAACAGUCAAGAAGAUCUUAUUAAAAUGGCGGAUUUUCAUAUAGAAGAUAUAAAACAAAUAUUUGGCACUUUAGAAAAACAUUUCGUAAUUGAUUUAAAAAAAAAAAAAUGA